UCAUAGGAAAUGAAUAUUUAACUUUUGACAAUUUGUCUUAAUUGUUGAUUUAAUUGUUUACAUGUUUCACCUAGAAAAUUGUAAAUACAAUUUGAUUGUUUUGAAAAAAAACAACUAAUUGUUUGAGUUUUUUCAUGUUCAACAAACUUGCAAACUCUAGUUAGUUUGUUGAUAAUCAAUAAUCAUUACGUUGGGUUUACCAUGUUUGGAGUGAUUAAGGACAAUUAACCAUGAUGAACACCCAUUCAAAUGUUUACAAUUAACUUAUUAUUUACUUGAUUACAUUCCCUUGAUAAUGAAUAGUAACUGGAAAGCAAAUCAAGCGGAGGAAAUUAAGAAAGUAAGAGAAAUUAGAAAGAGAAUUGGAUUUAAAUUGUGAACAAUUUAGUUAAUUUAAUAAGUUGAUCGACUACUUCGCCCACUAAUUGAUUUUAACAUUUUCUCUUACGUAUAUAUUUAUCAUUUUCAUUCAUUGCUAAGGUUUUUUUUUUCGUAAAAUUUAACUCACUUGAUUGUUACUCACUUUACUAAUCACAAUUAAGAAAUUGAAAUUGAAAUUAACAUUUACUUCAUUCUGAGAUCUUCAUCAUAAUUGUGUCGCUCUGUGUUUACGAUAAUUUUGUUUUCCUCAAUUCAAUUCCAAACUAUUAAAGUGUCAACAAUCAGUAAUCGCUGUAAAGUUAAUUGUUGAUUAUAAUCAUCAUCAUCAUGGAGAAAUCAAAAUCGUACCAAUCAAGUGCCAAUUAUCAACAACGUAACAAAACUGUGGUCAAAUCAACGGCCGCUAAUCCAUACGGUACCAAAAGCUACUUGACCAAUAACAACAACAAUGAUGUUAAUUAUAAAUCAAAUAAAUUUCAGGUUGAUACUCGUAAAGAUGAGAUUGUCCCUAUUUCCAGAGAUGAGGAAUGGACUAAAUCUAAGAAAGUAGUUAAUCAUAAGACUCGGCAAAUUGAGACACGAAUACAGAGACAAAUUGUUAUGGAGGAUGGUAAAGUGAUCGCUGACAGCGGCCCUCAGGUCACUCAACGAACCAAGGAAGAUAUUAAAACGGAAGAGCUUGAAGGCUCAUCGGGACGUGGAGGAAAAGGUGAAGGUGGUGAUUUGCCUGUCGAGGAUUACAAAGGUUUACCAGGUGAGGCUGUUGUUUCGGAGAAGGUGGAAACACGUAACACAACACGUGAAGCUCGUCAAGAGCAGUUACAGUAUCACGAUGAAUCGAUAAAAGAGCUGACAGGCUAUGAUAUUCAUAGGAAAGCGUUGGUUUCUCCUAAUGAGUUGAUUCAACUUGAUGAGAGCGAAAUUGACUCAAGUCGACCGAAAGGUAAACUUGUCCAUUAUGCUGCUAAAUCGAAAAAGUUUGCCGAUCGAGAAGAGAUGAAAGAAGUUUCCAAACGUCAGAGAGAUGGGACAAUAACCACCGAGAAAACGGUUACCCAGCAUCAUGAAGAAGUCGAUGAUGAUGAACUUCCGGAGGGCAAAGCUGAUUCGAAUGCAAUACCAGAGGCUUCCAAAGAAUCAACAAAAGAAAUUCAAUAUCAUCGUGAUUGGAAUGACUCAAGAAGAUCGGAAAGUCGAUCGAAAAAUGUUUCAGAAGAAAAUGAGAGAAGAGAAAACAGAUACUCAAGUGUUGAUAGAAAAUCAGAGAAUUUCGACAAGUCAAGGUCAACAUCGGUUGACCGUCGGUCGACAACAUCCUCACAAUAUAAUAGAGAGAAAUCAAUCCCAGUGGAAAAAGAGUAUUCGCCUCGUGUUGUCUCACCUGAUUCUCGACAAUCACCUAAUUAUAAUCAACAUAAAUCGCGAUUCGAAAGACAUGAUGAUGGCUAUUCUGUCGAUAAUAAGUAUCAACAAUCAUCGAUUUCCCGAAGAGACGAAUCAAGAUUUUCCAAUAGAAGUGUUUCCUCUUCGAUCAAAGAGAAACCAUUCAAAGAAGACGCUUCUGUCCAAGCUUCGUUCUCAGAGGAUUCGAGUGAUGAUGAAGCUUAUGGAAGAACAAGGAAUAAGAAAUCAACUGAAUCUGAGGCUCGUUCUCAUCGAAUCAAAGUUGAAUCAAGUGGUUAUUCUGGUUCUCGAUUAAUGGAAAGCGAAAAGCCCAAAGGUUCAUUUUAUUAUUUCGGACAAGAUGCCGAUCCAAAGGAGUCGCCUCGAAAACGGGAAUUAAGUUCUGACCGAUAUUCGACUCAUGGUAGUCGAUUACAUCGGGAAGAAUCAAGUCGAGCAUCAGAGGAAAGGCAACAAAUGAAAUCAUCGAUGAGCCGAUCAUCAUCUGCAAUGGACAAAAAGGAAACUCGAACCAAUCGUGAUUCGGAAUCAGUAAAUUGGUUCAAUACUUUAGACGCUCGAACUUUAAUGGAUGAACUUGAACGCGAAUGUCAAGCUGAACUUUCGAUUAAUGAUCCAGCCCCUGAACCGAGUUCUCCAAGUGAUCACCGAUCAAGGUCUCGAAUGGAAGAUACAUCAGAUGGUCGAUCGCGUUACUCAACUUCCGGUGAAAUUAAGGGCAACGUUAAACACGAAUUUAAAUCUACUUCUAAUGGUCAAGUGAUCAACGACACUUCGAGAAAUGAAGCGUUUCAAAGGUCAUUUAAUAAUCCAGAGGAAAGAGAAGACGCAACUCGAUCUUUCAAUAAACUGAUGGACACAACUUUCGGUAAAUCGUCUCGAGAAUCAAUGUCACCCUUAUUGUACGAUGGUUCUAUUCGUCAUAUUCCAAUCGAACGACAGGACAGUUCAAAAUCUCGAAUGGAAAAUAGUUCAAGAUCAUCUUCGACUGUUCGUGACAAUGGUUACAAUUCACCUUCGUUUAACCAUCGAUCAUAUAACAAUUCGAGGACCAAUAGUCCAAGUAGAUUAUCUGAUCGAUUCCGUUAUUCUGAUGCAAGGUCACCCUCACGCUCGCCCGAAAGACAAGCGACUUUCACCAAGUCAAGAGCUUCGCCGACGAUCAACAACAAUUCAGAUUAUUCUCCGUAUAAAAGUGACCUCAUGCGAAAAUCACCUUUCUUUGGUAGAGAGAACAAAAAUUAUUAGAUUUUCGAAAAUCAGAGAAAAAGAAUAAUUUUAACAAAAUGUUUCCAUCAAUUUCCUUUUCGAUUAACAAUUAAUAUCCACAUGAAGAAUUACGAGUAAAAAUGUUUCCUUUCUCAACUGAUCUUUUCCUUAAUUAGAAUCAUUGUAAUCAACUAAUCUAAAUAAAAAAGAAAAGCUUGUUGAUUUAAUCAACCAAAUAAA